AAGAGUUUCUUGGGCGGGGCACGGGAUUGUUGUAUUCUUCCCCUUUAUCUCUCCUUCCUUCAAUGCUUUACCCAACUUCUCACCACUCCCAUUUCUCCCCUCUCAGCUCUCUUUCCCUUCUUCCACCGCCGCCUCACCCUCCAUCCUCACCCCUUAAGGCUGUAACUGUAAUGGAGUGCGUUGAAUUAGGUAGCUUUCUUAGGCCACAGGCGGCCUUGAAAAUGAUUCACCAGCAAGGCUAUUUGGAGAAUGAGUUUGCGGCGGCGGCCGGUAACGGUCAGGGCGGUGUCGCCGCCAUUUCCGGCGAUGACUUGUUCGUGGACCAGCUUCUUAACUUGUCUAAUGAGUUUGUUGAGGCGGAGGCGGAGAAGGAGGAGGAGAAAGUGGAGGAAAAACGUGUUGAAAAUUUAUCUGUAACGCUUGUCUCUGCUUCGCCCCAAAAAGAAGCGGAGACCGUUACUUUUCCGGUGACGGAUGAUUUUGCUGGUUCUAUUCCCGGUAGCGAGCUUAGUGUUCCGGCGGAUGAUUUGGAUAACCUGGAAUGGUUAUCUCAUUUUGUGGAAGCGUCAUUUUCCGAUGAGUACUCGCUCACGUGUCCUGCCGGAAAACUGUUGCCCUUACCUUCGGAGGAGAAUAACCACCUCUCCCGGUCUGAAAUUCCGGUUCAAGGCAAACCGGGCUUCAUCUCCCCUGUUCAGACCAAGGCCCGGACAAAACGUGCCAGAACCGGCGUCCGAGUUUGGCCGGUCGGAGCACCACCGUCAUUCACAGAAUCCUCAGUCUCAUCGUCUUCUUCGUCUUCCUCUUCCUCAACCACCACCUUAUCGUCCUCGCCUACAAACCGGUGGUUUGCGCAGUGCAAUUCCGGUCAGCUUAUAGGGAAGCCGGUGGCGAAGAAGCCGGGCAUGCAGUCGGCUCAGCAGUCGCGGCGGUGCAGCCACUGCGGCGUUCAGAAGACGCCGCAGUGGCGCGCCGGUCCACUCGGCGCCAAGACGCUCUGCAAUGCCUGCGGAGUAAGGUUCAAGUCCGGUCGGCUCUUGCCGGAGUAUCGACCGGCUUGCAGCCCCACCUUCUCCCGCGAGCUGCACUCUAACAACCACCGGAAAGUUUUGGAGAUGCGGCGGCAGAAGGAGGCGGAAACCGAACCCGGUUUGGCUUCUCCGGUUCAGAGUUUUUGAAUUAGGAUAGAAUUUAGAAGAGUAAACCGAAAGUAGUAUAUUAUUAUUCAUUUGAAGUAGGAUUAGUUCGAGUUAUGGUUAGGCCCGGUUCAGUGUACAUUUUCUGAAGUGGACCCGGUUAGGUGCGGUAGGUUUUGAAGGUUAGUGUAACGGAUGCGGAAGGACUUCAUUGUACUUUCAGUUUAAAAAGAAUUUAUUUCUUCACAUUUAUAUACAUUAUUAUUAUGA